AACGGCAUGAUCGCAAACACUAAAUAUUUGUGUUGUGCUGCUGUAUUGUGUUAGACUUUUGCUGUUUUACACAUUUCAUGUGGCAACUUGGCAUAUUUUUGCGAAAUUUCUUUUUUACGGCUGCACCAGUUAUUUUUUCUAACCCAAACCUGUCGUUGAAGUGUCGGUUCUGCAGGCGCCUAGCUUCUGUGGACAUGUUUUGUUAAAAAAGAUUGCUCCUGAUCCAGCAUGGCUGACCAGCAGUUCUGCCUGCGGUGGAACCACCACCACACCACUCUGAUCAACGUGUUUGAGUCGCUGCUGAAGGAUGAGAGCCUGGUUGAUGUCACCCUUUACGCAGAGGAGCGACCAGUGCGUGCCCACAAAGUGGUUCUCUCGGCAUGCAGCCCCUACUUCAAGGCCAUCUUUUCUGCACACACUGAAAACCACCCAGUCAUCAUCCUGAAGGAUGUGCUGUACAGCGAGCUGCGCGCGUUGGUCGACUACAUGUACAUCGGCGAGGUGAACGUCAGCCAGGACCAGCUGGCCUCGCUCAUCAAGUCGGCCGAGUCGCUCAAGAUCAAGGGCCUGGCCGACGGUGUCAGCCGCAAACCGCCGCCGCCGCCGCCGGCCUCCCCACCGGCAUCGCUGCCGAGUCUGCCGCUGCCCAACCUGCCGACAACGAGACUGCCGCCGACGGCGCCCCCGAUCCCUGCGCUGGCCUCUCUGCCGCCGCUGGCCGCCCUGCCGCCGCUGCCGGGCCUGGCGCUGCCGCCUCCGCCGCCUCCGUUCCAGCACGGCCGCCGCUCGGCCAGCCCGCACGCGGUGCCGCCGCGCGGCUCGCCGCUGGGCCGGCCGGUCGCCGACCAGCUCAACGGGCGCGUCUCGCCACCGCCCACCAAGCGCGCGCGCCGUCCUUCGCGCGAGACGAGCCCGGCCAGCGGCGGCAGCCCGCCGCCGGCUGGUGAUCAGCCGGAGCGACCCCCAUCAGCACACUCGUCACCGAGCCUGCCGCGCAUCCCGGCCACCAUCACCCCGCUGGCGACGUCGCGGGCCGACUCUCCGGCCGAGCUGGACCUCAGCUGCCGACCCACCAUGAAGACAGAGCCGGCCGGCGACGGGCGCGACGGAGACGAGGCCGACCAGAGGCCGCGGCCACGCAGCGACGACGCGGGCGACGGCGGCGACGAGCUGGAGCCGGCGGUGGACGAGGAUCGCGCCGGGCCGUCGGCGCCGCUGACCGGCACCCCGGGACCCGAUGUCGGCAUGCUCAACUCUUCAGGUUACAUGAACUGGCAGAUGGGUGGCGGCGACAGCGGCGGCGUGGACGUGCCCUUCAUCCCGACCACGGACGCCGGCGGACCCCAAGAUGCGUUCCUGCACCGCGCCCUGAACGUGCGCUUCCAGCAGCUGCUGCAGCAGCAGCGCUACGACCAGCUGCUGGCGCACGGCGCCGCGCCGCCCCCCGGCCCCGGCCCCGGCCCCGGUCCCGGGCCCAUGGGCCUGCCGCUCCUGCUCAGACGCGAGUCGCCCACAUCACCGUGCAAACAGUACGCCUGUGAAAAGUGCGGCCGGCAGUACGCCUCCAGCGGCAACCUGAAGCGGCAUGUCAAAUACGAGUGCGGCGUCGAACCCCAGUUCCAGUGCCCCGUCUGCAAGAAGAAGUUCCAGCACCGGCACUCGGUCAAGAUUCACGUGGUGUCCACGCACAAGUCGGAAAACCCGGAGUUGAUCAAGGAGUAUCUGAUGUAGCGGGACGAGACGCGCUGAGUCGCCGCGCUGCUGGCGACCGGCUGGGCUGGUUCAACCACCUCAGGGAAUAUGCAAGUACAUAGCGGGUGCUCUGAAAGCGCUGCCAUCGCCGGCGGAGAAAGGCCGGAAAGGCGCCGGUCUCCGCCACUACGGACACCCCGCGGAGCCUGGCGGACUGUGGUGUGGUCUGCCCUUCACAGGAGACCACGACAGUGUUGUUGUUUUAGUGCAAAACGGACUCUUCUGCGGGCGCGCCCCGCGCAGGGCACUCGCAAGCCAAUCAAGAAGCCCACUAGCGACAUACGGUUACUUACCAGCAGGGAUUUUAAUUGCAUUUAUUUUAGAUUCUGUAGAUUUUGACGGCGCGCCGCCGCGGCCGGCGCCGGGAUGAGUUGCGUCGCGAGAUUAGCUGUCGCUGCGCCGGCCGGCUGACGCAGGACGGCGGUCUCCGGGCCGGACGGGUCAGAGUCAGUCGUAGAGUCCGGGCUGCCCUGUGGCGGUGAGGCCCUGCGGCUGACUCCCGCCCGGCCCGGCGCCUCAGUCUCCCCGCACAGCCGGCCGGCGCGGCGUGAGAGCGGCGACUUCGGGUGUUCUCGAGUUGUCUCAGGGAUAUCCAAUGUAUUCGGCCUUAUUCGCCUCAGGGAAGCGUGCCGGUGCAAAUUUUGUAUUAGAUUGUAGAACUGUUUGUGUGCUCUGUGUGUUCGUUCGCGCGAUGACGGAUUGUGUCCGAUUGUGUUUGUUUUGUCUCAGGAAUAUCGACUAUUGUCGGUAGCUGAUUGGCUCAGGGACUUCGAUGAACUUUGAUUACCUAUUGUCUCAGGAAUGACGGCAUUGUUUGCCGCGUGCGAAACGUGUCUCAGGAAAUGUUGCCCCGUUUGUCAUAUUGAUAACGUCUCAGGUUUUGUUCCCGUUUAGUCCGUCUGGUGGACUGUUCCUGCAAUGUCGACCUCAGCAGCUGGCGACGGCCCGCCUGGGGCGCACGCUGGCCUGCCCCUGGCCUGAUCGCCUUAGUACAAACCCUCGCUUGCCCGACUGAUCAGAGGUGGCCCCGGCCACCCCGCCCCGUCCACUAGAGUAGUCACUCUACACCUUUAUAGAGUUCGGUGCUCUACACUCUCCACUACCCCAGCCCACUCCCAAUCAACCCACUCAGGAAACCAUGCGUGUAUGGGGCACAGGUGUAAAGCCGUGUUCAGAGAUAACCACCCGAGCGAUGACGUGUUUUACUAUGUACUGGUACGCGGGUGUGAUGAGGUGAUUGAAGCGUUGGUAAUUUUACGUCGGCGUCUGCCGUUGUUUGAGGGCUGAAAUAGUCUACCUGAGGGGAGAGAGAGUGAGAGAGAAUUGGUGCCGAGGCCUGUGGCCGUGGAUUGUGACGGGUCAGAUGGGUAGAGGGAGGGAGGGACAGUGACCGCCGUGGUGCCGCCGCUGUACUGUAGAUAGUCGGGUCGGCAGAGUGGGGAGGGAGGGGUGGUGAAGUGUCCAAAUCAAAAGGUGCCUGCCUGCCAUGUUUGCGUUGUGAGCGGUGCGGUCCCGCCGGCCGGCCGCCGCCUGUCGCCUUGUGACGUUUCAACGACUCGGCGCCUGUGCCGCCUCCGUGUCCGCGGCGGAACUGGCGUCAUCCUGCGCACCCUGUCCGCCGCCGUGUAUCUGUAUCUGAGCGGACAGAGUGCCGUCGAUACCGGGUGUGCACUCGUGUCUGCUGAGCCAUCACGUUCUACACCCUGAGCUCGCCCUGGAAGACGGCUCGAGGUUCGAACCCCGGCCGCCCUUUCAGCGGGCGCGCAGGGAGAGCGCAGGGAGCGCGAGUCGUCUGCUGAGCGGCCGUUAGUCUUCCAGUAGGUGUCGGUGAAGGGGCGGCGUGCUGCCGGAAAUAAUGUAACAUAGAAAUACAACAAUAAAGUCAAAUCCCUG